AUGGGGCCUCCGGGCCGUGGCAUCGCUCUGAGCGUACCCCCCUCUGCGCGUCCCCCCGCGCCACCCAUUGGCUGCCGGCCCACCACGUGCCCCAGUCCCGCGCCCGACUCAGUCCGCCUGCGCCCCUCGGCCCGGCCGGUCGCCUCCACGCCUCUCUGCCCCCCCCGCCCUCGGCUGUCCGCUCGUCCUCCCCAAACCCCCCACGUCCCGCCUGACGUUGCUCCCCUCUGCCCCCUUCCCCCCAGCGGGCCGCAGCAGGCACGGGCGGGCCACGCAGCAGCCCCCGCAGCGGUGACCGAAGCGCAGCCUCCUCCGCUCCUCGAGCCCGGCGGCGCCGCCAUCAUGGUGAGUGCGGAGAGGCCCGGGGGCCGAGGCGGCCACUGCCGCCUUCUCGGGGUCUCACCUUUGGUUCGGGGCGGGAUGUGGACCCCGGAGGGGCUGGGCUGGGCUGGGGAGGGCAGCAACGGCGACCCCCACCGGGUCCGCCGCGGCCUACAGGGCCUGGCGCGCCCGCAGGCCCACCACGUGCAAAGGCCCGCGGCUUUCGCACUUCGGGAACCGAAGAACGGGUCUUCUACAAAUCCUGAGACUCCAAAUUCGGCCAUCUCCAGAGAAGCCAGCACUCAGUCCCCAUCAGCUACAACCAGUCAAGGCUAUGUUUUACCAGAAGGCAAAAUCAUGCCAAACACCGUUUUUGUUGGUGGAAUUGAUGUUAGGAUGGAUGAAACCGAAAUUAGAAGUUUCUUCGCUAGAUAUGGUUCAGUGAAGGAAGUAAAGAUAAUCACGGAUCGAACUGGUGUGUCCAAAGGCUAUGGAUUUGUUUCAUUUUAUAAUGACGUGGAUGUGCAGAAGAUAGUAGAAUCACAGAUAAAUUUCCAUGGUAAAAAGCUGAAACUGGGCCCAGCAAUCAGGAAACAUAAUUUAUGUACUUAUCAUGUGCAGCCUCGUCCUUUGGUUUUUAAUCCUCCUCCUGCACCGCAAUUUCAGAGUGUCUGGAGUAGCCCAAAUACUGAAACUUACAUGCAGCCUCCAACCAUGAUGAAUCCUAUAACUCAGUAUGUUCAGGCAUAUCCUCCUUAUCCAAGCUCACCAGUUCAAGUUAUUACUGGAUAUCAGCUGCCUGUGUAUAAUUAUCAGAUGCCACCACAGUGGCCUGCUGGUGACCAACGGAGUUAUGUUAUUCCCCCGGCUUAUACAACUGUUAACUACCACUGUAAUGAAGUUGAUCCAGGAGUUGAAGUUUUGCCAAAUGAAUGCUCAGUUCAUGAAGCUACACCGUCCCCUGGAAAUGGCCCGCAAAAGAAAUCUGUGGACCGAAGCAUUCAGACAGUAGUGUCUUGUCUAUUUAAUCCAGAAAACAGACCAAGAAACUCUCUUGUUACUCAAGAUGACUAUUUCAAGGAUAAAAGAGUCCAUCACUUUAGAAGAAGUCGGGCAGUGCUUAAAUCUGUUUGA